AUGCACAAGCUGGGAAAGGAUUCUGGAUUCACCAGAAAUACCUUGGUUAGGUCUUGGCAACCAGCAACCACACCUCUGGGGCAACCAGCCUCAGCUCCAUCUGUGUCUCUCGGCAGCACCCAACCCAGAAGACCUAUCACUGCACAACCGGCUACUCAGGCCUGGGCAGACGAGGAGGCAGCACUGCAGCAGGACCAGGUUCAACAGGAUAAAAUCUGGAGAGAGUCUGUGGAAGCUGAACAGAGAGGAAGAAAAAUCUGGUACCAGAACUGGAGUUUCCUAAAGGACUAUGACCAGAUGGGUAGGAAAAAGGAGCAGAAGCCACUGCCAAACUAUAUGCCUGUGUUCUCAAGCACAGUUCCCAACUCGACCAACCAGACUAUUGGGAGUCGAAUGAAUACUGAACUUGGCAGGGCUCUGGUAAACAUGGAUUACUUCUUCAGCAGUGGAGCACGAAAAAGGAAACUUGAGGGUGAACUCCAGCUUUCCUAG